AUGUCGGUUUCUGUGAUAACAGACACGUAUCCGUCCAUCGACCGGCCGGUGUUCUCCGAGGCCCCCACAGGCGCUAAUGUCACAGAGUGGGAACGAGACGCCCUGCUGGCCGUGGCCGAGGUGGUGGUGCUGGCGGUCAUCUUAGUGAUGGCUUUACUUGGCAACGGGUUGGUCCUGGUGGUGUUGCUAAGGCGAAGGCGACACCACAACCCCCUGCACCAGUUCAUGCUGAACCUCUGUGUGGCUGACCUGGUGGUGGCGCUGUUCCAGGUGUUGCCCCAGCUCGUGUGGGACGCUAAGGGACGUUUUCCUGGUCCUGACUUCUUAUGUCGCCUGGUGAAGUACCUUCAGGUUCUGGGAAUGUUUGCCUCCUCCUACAUGAUCGUGGCCAUGACGGUGGAUCGCCACUAUGCUAUCUGCUGCCCCCUGCAGGCACAUCGCAGCGGGGCCACGAAGCGCUGGAACAGCUUCAUCGUGCUGGCCUGGGUACUGUCGCUGCUGCUCAGCCUGCCACAGGUCUUUAUCUUUUCCCGUUCUGAGUUGGCUCCAGGUGUGUAUGAAUGUUGGGGCAACUUCGCCGAGUCCUGGGGCCUCAAAGCCUACGUGACGUGGAUGACCGUAGCCAUCUUCAUCCUCCCCGUUCUGAUCAUCACCAUCUGCCAGGUGCGAAUCUUCAAGGAGAUUCAUAACAAUCUGUACCUGAAAUCAGACCGACGCCUGUCCCCUGCUGCUCUCCCUCAAUUAAGAAAAGAAACCCAGAGAGGAGAAAGAGGAGGAGGAGGAGGAGGAAAAGGUGGAGAGGUAACAGCAGCCAUGUCAAAGACGGUGAGGAUGACGCUGGUCAUUGUGCUCGUGUACUCGCUCUGCUGGGCCCCGUUCUUCAGCGUCCAGCUCUGGGCCGCCUGGGACCCUGACCCACCUCAAAACGGUGUAGCGUUUACCCUGCUGAUGCUGUUGGCCAGUCUAAAUUCCUGCACCAACCCCUGGAUCUACUCCGCCUUCUCCAGCAGCGUCUCCCCGGAGCUUCGUCUGCUGCUUCACUGUCAGCCGCACAGUCGGCGCCGAGCUUCCGUAACGAACGACUCCACCAUCACGCAUACCUCCAACUGAACACUGGACACAAUGGAGGGCAUGUGGCACAGCUGAGGCGGCUGAUGUUUAAGGAAAUAUUAGUUAAACUGUUAAGAUGAGACCAGA